AUGUAUGAAUUCGACCCCAGAUCCGCCAAAGUCGACGACGUUGUCAAAGCCCUCAUCCAUGAUCCUUCGCGGCUUCUGGGUGCCGAAAUCCUUGAUCAAAUCGAGAAUGAUGUGCGACCAUUUAUCAACGCAGACAAGCCCUGGAAGGGAGACUUUUUCCCACCAGAGACCCGCCGCGUCUGUGGUCUGGGUGGGAAAUCUCAUGCGUUCAUGGAGAACAUUGUAGGGGACGCAUUGUACCAGGGCGUAUGCAACAGUCUGUUAACCUCGACCCAUCACUCCUACUACGACCAGAAGCGUGAGGAGUCCACCUCGCACCCGCAACUCAACAAUACCAUUGUCUUUUCUAUCGGUCCCGGCGCGAGGAACCAAGAGCUUCAUCGUGACGACAUGGUUCAUCACAACCGGCUUCCUGCCAUCACAGCCGAUGAGUACCAACCUGGCCGUGAUACCGGAAUCGGGUUCUUUGUGGCAGGCAAGAAGACUACCAAACAGAACGGUGCAACUCGCUUCAUUCCCGGGAGUCAUCUCUGGGCCACCGAGACUCCACCAGCCGAGGACCAGGCCGUCUACGCUGAGCUGAGCCCCGGUGAUGCAUUCAUGAUGUUGAGUAGCUGUUACCACGGGGGUAGCGCCAACAAGACCGACGACGAGGAAAGACUGGUAUACAGCUGCUUUAUGACCAAAGGAUACCUUCGUCAGGAAGAGAACCAAUAUCUGGCCGUUCCACUCGAGAAAGUCCGCGAAUACCCUUUGGAAAUGCAGCGGCUGAUCGGAUACCAGGUCAGCCAGCCGUUCUUGGGCUGGCUGGAUCUCGAUGAUCCUCGGAAAGCACUCAUGGGGGAUGGAUGGGAAAACAACCGUGGUGAUCUGUACUAG